UAAAUUUUUAAAAUGGCAACAGUUCUAAGACAUCCCUUUGAUCUCUUUGUGAAAGAUGUUGGAAUUAUAAAUACUUCUAUUCUUCCUGCUCAGAUUGGAGAUAAGAUGGCUUCAUUUAGAAGUGGGAAAAUAGCUACAGUAACGAUUAAGCCCGAAAUAGAUAUGCCAAUAAAUAACAAGCUUAUGAAUGAAACUUCUGCCAAACUCCCCAAAUCCUCAUAAAAAAUAAUUUAUGAGCCCAAUGAGAGAAGGUGGGGAAAGAAUAUCAGGAUGGGCUUUCAAAGAUCUAUAAAGAUGAAAGAAUCCAAAAAAAUCAAGAGUAUGCUUGCCACAACAAAACAGAAUGUACUCCUGCUCUGUCAAAAAAUGUACGAGGAGAUAUAGAGCAAGGGAAGAUUCCUACUAAUUUCAUCCUCCCCAACCUAUCGGAUGAAGAGCUAGAGAAAUGGCAAGAUAUCUAUGCUCUAGCAAUGAAGGAUAUUGCUAAAGAGAAGGGAAAAAGAGAGGCUUUUAAAGAAUAUCAUACUUUGCAAAAGAAACUUCAAGAGAUAUAUGCUAUAAACGAUGCCCUCCAUGAUAGAAUUAAGAAAGUGCAAGAAAAUGAGUUUAAAACUGUAUCUGUUUCAGACAUCCAGAACGAAGUUAUGGAUAGCUUUGAUCUUAACUCCUUCGAUGAACUCAUAGAGGAUGAGCCUAAGUGAACCAAGGAAGAAGAAAAGAAGAAAUUGAUAAUUGAGGAAAAAUCAGAUCAUGCAAAAAUUGGGACGAUGACUGAAGAUAUUGAUAAUAUUGCUACGUUUAUUUCUCCUCAAUUGAGUUCACUUCAAAAUACUCAGAAUAUACUACCAAAAUAUGUAAAAGCUAGCGAGAAUAUAGAACUAUUUUCAAAUAUGACUAGCUUUUCCAAGUCAAUUGUAAACCAAAGCAGUUAUCUUGUUCUUAAAACAGAUCCUCACAAAGAAUGUAAACCUUCAAAAUUAAGGUAUAACUCUGAUUCUAGUUUAAAGGAAGAGAAAGAAGACUCAGUGAUUAGCAUCUCAGAAAGCAGCCAGGAAAUCAUUGCUGGAUUUGAAGAAUCUCCUAAUAAAAUUUGAAAGAGUGCUAAAAGAGCCAAAAGAAAGCAAGAUAGCUCCCAAGUCAGCCUGCAGAAGAUGAUGCAAGCCAAUACAGAUGAGAGAAUAGAAGAUUAUCAUCCUAUAAUUUGCAAAGAUGAUCAUUUUGGUUCAAAUACACUCAGUUCAGUUGAAAAAUGAACGGAUAAAUAUCUAGAAAAUCUAAAUGGAAAUGCCGAUAAAAAUCUUAAAUUUUCAGGAAAAACUUCUCUAAAGCCCUCAAUUCUUGAUGAAGGAAUUGGGGUAAAGAAAUUUGGAAACAAAACACUUGAGAAGAAGAAAUCUGUUGUUUCCAACUAUUUUGUAAAGGAUUUUGAAAUUGAUAACACUUCCCAAGAUUCUCAAGAAGUGUACUCUAUACAUUACGAUACAAGAAAGACAAAUAAAGUCAGUGCCCAUGAAGAAUACCUGACAAAUGAAGAUAUGGAGGUGUAUUCCUUGAAUAUUGGCUCCACUACUCAUCGGGAUAAUAAGGGAAGCAAGAAAUUUGUAUUUGAAGAAUCUGAAUCUGAAGAAGAUCUUAAUAAAAUCAAAUAAUCGUCCUCUUCAAAUUCCAAAUUCUAAUAAAUCUGAACAAGAGAUGUCAUAUCUUGGAACUCCUGAGAUCUUAAGCAAGCAUAUUACUAAGAUAAAAUCUCCAAAAUAACAUGCCAUAUGCUCAAAUAAAUUACCAGCAAAUGGUAAAGCCUAAUUUUGUUUCUUCAUCAAAGCUAGCAAACUCAAAAACACAGAGGAACAAUGAGGCCCAAAAUGCUCGAAAUUUAGGUAUAAACCACAAGAAGGAUAAGAAUCAUCUUCUGAAAGGAAAAGAGAAUGAGAAAUCUAAAGCAUAUGAACCCAUACAGACCAAGAAACCUGAGACAACAUAAGAAUUCAAAAACAAUCCGAUCAUUUCUAAUUUCUG